CGACCUCGCCUCGCCCGAGCCCAGCCUCGGGCAGGAACAGUAGACCCAGGUGGAUUCACGCCUCGCCCGAGGGCCUCCUCAAGCAGCGGGCGCACCCUCGACUCGCCCGAGGCCCAGUACGGGCAGGCUUCGCAGUGAAGCAACCUUGGCCAGAUCGCCUCGCCAACCGACCGUAUCGCAGGAGCAUUCAAUGCAAGGAUCGCCUGACACCUUAUCCUGACGCGCGUUCCUCAGUCGACAGGGCCGAAGUGACCACAGUCACUUCGCCCCUCCACUGACUGAUCUGACAGGAAAAUAGCGCUGCCUACCCUGCUCUGACUGUUGUGCCACCCGCCAGGGUGAGGCUGACAGCAGCCAAGUCCAGCCUCAGGCGCCAUAGGAAGCUCCGCCUUGCCCGACCCUAGGGCUCGGCCCCCGCCUCGACCUCAGAAGACGGACUCCGCCUCCCCCGACCCCAGGGCUCGGACUCAACCUCGACCUCGGAAGACGGUCUCCGCCUCGCCCGACCCCAGGGCUCGGACUCAACCUCGACCUCGGAAGGCGGUCUCCGCCUCGCCUGACCCCAGGGCGCGGACUUAGCCUCGACUUCGGAGGAGUCGCCGCCUCGCCCGACCUUGGGCUCGGAUCGACCACACUACAGGGGGGGUACAUCAUUACCCUACCCCUAGCUAGCUCAGGCUACGGGGAACAAGACCGGCGUCCCAUCUGGCUUGCCCCGGUAAACGGGUAAUGAUGGCACCCCGCGUGCUCCCAUGACGACGGCGGUUCUCAGCCCCCUACGGAAGCAAGGAGACAUCAGCAAGAUCCCGACAGCCCCCACAGUUGUGCUUCUACAGGGCUCAAGUGCUCCUCCGACGGCCACGACAUCACAUGCACAGGGCACAAACACCUCUCCGACAGCCACGUCGGCAUGUACAUAGGGCUCUGGCUCCUCUCUGCUAGACACGUUAGCAUAUUGCUACACCCCCAUUGUACACCUGGGCCCUCUCCUUACAUCUAUAAAAGGAAGGUCCAGGGCCCUCGUACGAAAAGGUGGCCGCGCGGGAGGACGAGCUGACGAGCAGGCUCUCCCCCUCUCUCGCGAACGCUUGUAACCCCCUACUGCAAGCACAUCCGCCCUGGGCGUAGGAUAACACGAGCCGCGGUUCCCCUUUUUCCCCCUUGUGUUCCAUCUCGCGCCGACCCAUCUGGGCUGGGACACGCAGCAACAAUUUGCUCGUCGGUCCAGGGAACCCCGGGGUCGAAACGCCGACAGUUAGCGCGACGGGCUGACGAGCAGGCUCUCCCCCUCUCUCGCGAACGCUUGUAACCCCCUACUGCAAGUGCAUCCGCCCUGGGUGCAGGAUAACACGAGCCGCGGUUCCCCUUUUCCCCUUGUGUUCCAUCUCGCGCUGACCCAUCUGGGCUGGGACACGCAGCGACAAUUUACUCGUCGGUCCAGGGACCCCCCGGGGUCGAAACGCCGACAGUUGGCGCACCAGGUAGGGGCCUGCUGCGUGUUGACGAACAGCUUCCUGUCAAGCUCCAGAUGGGUAGUCUCCAGCAACCUCUCCAGCUCGGGAUGCUGCUCCGUUUUGGGAGUCUCGAGUUCAUGUCCCUCGACGGCAGCUACGACAUGGUACUCCUUCCUCCGCCGCGCGACAACGACAAUGGCGGCCGUCAGCCCGCCCGACGGCGGCGGAAUCGACGACGUCUUCCCUCCAUGGCGGAAGGGCAGCAUCUGGGCCUGUCCCAUCACCUUCCCCGCCGCAGGAGGAGGAGGCGGGGCAACCAUGGCCAAGCAGGAGGCGGCACCUCGUGGGCUGUCAAGCGAGUCGGCGACGCCGACGCCCCAGCGGGGGCCACGUCGGGCGUUGACCUCGCGUCUGAGACGAAGACGACCGUCGUUUCCCCGCAACACGCCAACCCCAAGCCGACGGAUGACGCCAGCAUGCUCGCGAAGGACUUGCUAGGCGUUAGCCUCGUGCCUAAGAUAACGGUGCAGUCCGUCCCCGACGCGACUCCGUCACCAUCCGUCGAUCAAGAGGUAUCGUCCGUUUUCACCCUGUGCCUUUUAGAUUCAGCUUCGACCCACCAAGCAACCCCGCUUCGGUGGACGCUUUCAUAAAGGCAUAUCCUCACUUUCCGGGGUACCAUAUGUGGUCAACCUGGGACCGACUAACGGCCGCCUCGACCUACGGGCCCCCGGGUUCCAUGGAAGAUGACGACCCCGACUCUGGUUGGGAUUUCUCUGGGCUCCAUGCUCCUAGUGCCAUGCGGGACUUCAUGACCGCAUGUGAUGGUGGCCACAGCCUCGACGACGAGGACUGUGGCCCAGGUCGCGAAUGUUUCCACGUCAAUCUAGGGGGUCUCGACGAAGGCAACCACCUUGGUAUGCCGGAGGACGACGAUCCCCCUAGGCCUGCGCCUCGCGUUGACAUCCUUCGGGAGCUAGCUGUGGUCCCAGUCCCUGUGGGGGGUCAGGAC